AUGUUACUAAUCAUCUCCUUCAUCAUCAUCGUCUCCUUCUUCUUCCUCUUAUUCUCACUCUACCAUACAAUCUUUUACCAAAAGCUACGUUACUGCAACUGCGAGAUCUGCCAUGCUUACCUAACUUCAAGCUGGAGAACCGAUUUCGUCAACCUCAGCGACUGGUACGCUCAUCUUCUCCGGUUAUCUCCAACGUCGACGAUCAAAGUCCACGUCCUCAAUAACGUCAUCACCGCGAAUCCGGAAAACGUCGAGCACAUGCUCAAAACGCGUUUCCACAACUACCCUAAAGGCAAACAGUUCUCCGUCAUCCUCGGUGACUUCUUAGGCCGCGGGAUUUUCAACUCCGACGGCGACACGUGGCGUUUCCAGAGGAAGCUCGCGAGUUUGGAGCUCGGGAGCGUCUCCGUCAGAGUCUUCGCUCACGAGAUCGUUAAAACCGAGAUCGAAACUCGGUUAUUCCCGGUUUUGACUUCGUUCUCGUCGGAUUCCGGUUCGGUUUUGGAUCUGCAAGAUGUGUUCAGGAGAUUCGCGUUCGACACGAUCAGCAAACUGAGUUUCGGGUUCGACCCGGAUUGUCUCCAGGUUCCUUUUCCGACGUCGGAAUUCGCCGUCGCGUUCGACACGGCGUCGCUUUUAUCGGCGAAACGCGCGAUGGCUCCGUUUCCUCUACUGUGGAAGAUCAAAAGGUUUUUCAAAAUCGGUUCGGAGAAAAAGCUUAAAGAAUCGAUCGAUGUGAUAAACCGGUUAGCCGGUGAUUUGAUCAUGCAGCGGAGGUUAACCGGUUUGACGGAUGAAAACCAGGAUAUGAUCUCGAGAUUCAUGGCGGUUGUGGCGGAGGACGACGACGAGUAUCUCCGUGACAUCGUCGUAAGCUUUUUAUUGGCUGGUCGGGACACAGUUGCUUCCGGUUUAACCGGAUUUUUCUGGUUAUUGUCACAUCACCCGAAGGUGGAGAACCGGAUUAGGGAAGAAUUGGACCGGGUCAUGGGCUCCGGUUUUGACUUAGCCACUGCUUCUCUUGUUGAAACGAGAGAAAUGGUUUAUUUGCAUGCGGCGUUGUACGAGAGCAUGAGAUUGUAUCCACCGGUUCAAUUCGAUUCCAAAUUCGCUUUAAGCGACGACGUUUUGUCGGAUGGUACAUUUGUCAAAAGAGGGACUAGAGUGACUUACCAUCCUUACGCAAUGGGUCGGAUGAGCCGGAUCUGGGGCCCGGAUUACCAAGAAUUUAAGCCAGAGAGGUGGUUGGAUAGCGAAGGAAAAUUUCGACCCGAAAACCCGACUAGGUAUCCGGUUUUUCAGGCCGGAGCUAGGGUUUGUGUGGGGAAGGAAAUGGCUAUCAUGGCGAUGAAAUCUAUAGCUGCGGCAAUGGUUAAGAGGUUUGAUACACGUGUGGCAGGUCCCGGAGCUACUACCGAGACGGCUCUCCGGUUUGCGCCGGGGCUGACGGCGACAGUUAACGGUGGAUUGCCGGUUUUUAUACAAGAAAGGAAAGCUUAA